CGAUCUAUUCACCUCCGGGCAAGACCCAUGGCACCAGCACGUACCGCAAACCGUCGUGGUCAGCGCGACCAGAAUGCGCCAACGCACAAUGCACCGACAGAUUCUGUCCCGGACCCAUCGAAGGAGAUUUUUCUGGAUCCCAUGAUGGGCACCCCUCUCCAGAUUUACGUUGAGAAAGACGUCGAGAACAAAGAGGCAGUCGAGAACCUGAUCAAGGAACAUGGCGGCAUCGUAUCACAGGGGUAUAGCAGCGUGCCUUAUAUCCUCGUGAAUCCUCACAGGGAAUCCGGUCAAAGUUUGUUUCGUCAAUAUGUUGGCAAGAAAGGCAAAAUUGUUCUCGAUGCCAAAUGGGCGUACGAAUGCGUCAAGGCCGGUGCCGUACAGACCUACCAAGAUGACUGGGCUGGCUGCAAGGUGACCGGCAAGGAGCAAGUCUUGCCAGCAAGUCAGAAUGCAGAAACACAAGCAGGGCCAUCCUCUGGAGAUGCUGGGGAGAAUGACAUUGCGCAACCGAUGCCACCGACUCUUCCGCCCCCUCCCGCUGUCCUUCAGCAACAGCCUCCUCAUGUCCCUCCAAUGCUACCUCCGCCAAUUUCAGCUUCUUCCUCAGAUCCUCUCCUUCCACAUCCACAUCCUCACCCGCACCCUCCCCCGUACACAUUUUACCCACCUCCUCAUGUCGAUUCUCGCGGCAUGCCGCCUCCGCCCGUUCUUCAUCCUCCCUCUGUACAUCCUCCACAGACAUGGCACGAGGGUGGAAUUGCGCCUCAACAGACUCAGACUAACGCACCGCCUCCGCCUCCGGCGCAUAUAAUGCCGCACGAAGCAUACCGAGGCCCUCAUGAAUGGAGUAGCCCUUACCAUCACCCUCCCCCUCCCGCCGUACCGCCUCCGGCUGCGAUGAUAGCAGGGCAACCACCUUAUCAGGAGUAUAGAUAUGGCCAAGAGCAGAGGCCCUGGCCCCCUACUGAUUAUUAUCCAGAACAGCAAUACGAUCAAGCUUAUAAUGAGGACGCAUAUAUGGACGAAGCAGGGCCUUCUAAUGACGAUUUGAGCACGACAGCAAUAUCAUCCGAGAAAAUGAGGGGUCGGAAGCGUAUCAGGACCCAGCCACAGCCAGCACCUCCUGCAUCUACUUUGGUGCUCAAUCGUCGCAAUCCUCCUGCGCGUUCACCUACUCCUCCGACCCGGGUCAUCAAGAGCACUUAUGGAGGCAAUCUGUUCACUUCUGAUGAUGUAUUGUACCUCAAGAGAUACAUCGACUACUGCCAAGAGCAAGGAUUAGUCUUAAGCUUGCGAGAGAUAUGCGAGCGGAUCGCUGUCAAGGCACCCCACCAUACGUUCUACUCGUGGCGUCGCUAUUGUAAUAAACAUCAAAUUCGGCUCGGAGGAUAUGCCAUGGAUGUGCGUGACGCGGAGGACGACCAUGGCCGUGGUGAGCAGCCCAGUGAGCAAGGUCAAGGCCAGGCCGAAGACGAGUCACACGCUCCGCUUCCCGGUGCAGGGCCAGAUACGAUAGCUGCUGCGCGGCGCGCAGUUGCUGCCGAUAUCAAUCGCACGAGGUCACCAACCCCUCCCAGGGCACUGUUCAGGAGCACCACUGGAAAAGGUGUCGCGUUCACUGAUGAAGAUGUCACUUUCCUCGUGCGGUUCCUCGAGUAUCGCAACAGGACGCAAGGAGGCAAGAUGGAUAUGGUGUCUUUCUGGAAGGAUGUCGCGUCGAAGGCCCCCCACCACUCUCGUGCGAGCUGGAUGAAGUUCUACCGGAGGCACAAGCAUGAAUUGCAUCAUACAGAAGGUGAUGCGCCUCUGCCUGCGCCUCCGGAGAAGAAGAUGAGGUACAGUCGCUCUGACGAUGUGCUGCUCGCCAAGUACUUCUUCCACAAGCCUGAGGGCACUUCCGACAAGAUUUUCCAAGAGUUUGGGCGGAUGCAACCUCACCAUCCCUGGAAGGGCUGGCAAGAGCACCAUCGGAUACACAAAGCCAAGAUCGACCAUCUUAUACAGCAGCUUGCCAACGGAGAGAACAUUGAAGUUGGUCCGGACGAUUAGGCGUUGUGCAGUAUUCAUGUAGGCUGUCGUUAGCAUUGUAGCCAUGUGAACACUGGCGUCGGUGAAUGGCAUAAUCUGAAACUGUACCAGAUGUAGCACGAUCAGUGCCGUCCGAAUAAGUUAUCGU